AUGACUCGUACCGCCCGCGCAUCGUCGCCUCAGGCGUUGAUGAAGGACCGCUCGGUCGCACGUAACGGACGCGACAAGUCGCUCAAGAAGGGUGGCUUCCACGGAUGGGGAGAUCUCAAGCACGAGGCCGAGCUCGAGCAAGCCGCUCAGGAAGACGAGGCGCGUGACCGCGAAGAGGAACGACGCGAGGAUAGCAAUACCGUCAAGAAUGAUGACGAGACGAGUGUUGCUACGUCGGAAGAGGCACCGGGUAAGAGAGCUAGACGUGCGUCUACCCUCGGUGAAGUCCCAG